AACUGUUAUCUUAGUGGACUUAACAUUAGUCUCAUCACCUUAUGUGUUGUUAGACAUGAAAAACAACCUAGAAAUCCAUCAAAAACAAAAGUGCACUUAGGAGACAGAUGCCCCGAGAAUAUAGAAAAAUGUAAACACAAAACAGAUCAGUCGUCAUCUUUAUGAUGAAUCCUGGAGCUUCACCUUACUGUACGUCACUUCAUGCCUCCAUGUGACACAACAGGAAUGCAGAACGUUUUGUUUCUAAAACCAUUUCCUCCUAAACAGGUGUGUAAGCGAAGAUGGUUGGAACAUGAUUUAAAAAUCAUUCUCUCUUUUUACAGUUGUCACGCUGCCUAAUGGACUGAACUACCAUUUCCUAUGAUCAGCUUGAAGGAAAGCAAACUGCAUCUACAGAUAAACUGCCAGACGAGUAAGACAUGAGAGAUAGGCUGAGGCACCUCCAUCAGGUGCAGAGUGACUCUGAGGGUUUGAGCUCAGUGGAGCACGACCAUUUGUCAGUGCAUGAGGCAGCAACAGCAUCCAGUCCUCCUGACCCAUACCUUUAUGGCGUCCUGCAGGAGGCCCAACAGAUACGUCUGGAGAUCCAGCAGAUCCAGAACGAGAUCAGUGAGCUGAAAGACGCAAACUACCAGGCCUUAAACAAGAUCUCACACCCCGCUGAGACAGAGCGGGACUCCAAUGCAAUCGGCGUGGCUAUUAAACAUAGAGGAGAAGCUGUGCUGCAGCGGCUGCACAUGAUGAGUGCUCUCAGAGCUGAACUGGAGGCCCGGCGCGGCAGCUCUGACCCCACAGAACGCAUCGCUCAAACACAGUACCAGUGUCUCAGCAAUGCUCUGCGGGAGGUGAUGAUCAGCUACAAUGACACAGAGAUGAGCCACAGGGAGGCUUGUAAACAGCAGAUCCAGAGACAGAUGGAGGUGGUGGGCAGGGAGGUUGGCGAGGAGGACCUGGAGGAGAUGAUGGAGAGCGGGGAAUUGAAUGUGUUCAGCACCCAGGUGGAGGGCAAAACGGCUCGCUCGGCUUUCCUGCAGACCGAGAGCCGACAGAAGGAGGUGCUGGAGCUGGAGAAGAGGAUAGAGGGGAUCCAAGAGCUGUUUCUGGAUGUGGCUGUGCUCACAGAGGAGCAGGGGGGAGCUGUUGAAAACAUCCAGAAAAGUGUCCAAAAUACUGAAGUGAUCAUUCAGGAUGCCGUGGUCCAGCUGGAUAGAGCCACUACAUUUGAUAAAAGCAACCCCUUCAAGAAGCUGUUUUGUUGCUGCUGUCCAUGUUUUAACAAUUAGGUCUGAUGAGGCCCAGUGGCUUUGGAUCCAGUCCACUGGUCCAUGUGGUGAAAGCUGCACUACAAAUAAAUCCAUCUUAUUUUGAUAUUGACAAUCUCACCACAAGGUCCAUUUAAAAGCUGUUCUGGAGCUUUCGAUCAUUGUAAAAUAUUGUGAUAUUCAAACUGAAUAGCACUGGAUUAAGAUAGAGGCUAUUGGUGUAGGUAAACACAAUAUUAGCAAACAUCUACAAUAUGUCUAGUAGGGAACCGAAAACAUCAGGCAUGAAGCUACAAGUUCUAGAGCUUUCAAUCAUAUAACAAAGAUUUUGUCAACUGUUGUUUCCAAGGUCAAGAUUGAACUUCAAAUCUUUAAACCAACAUGGACAGGAAGUCCUUAAAGUGGCAAUCCUUAAGAUUUCAGUCCUGGUUGAUUUAGAAUUUGCAUUUGAGUGAAAACAAUGAAAUUGUGCUGAGAGUUUAGCAGUCUGGAGCA